GCACGCUAGCGAGAAAUCGACAUACACCUUUACAGAAGCAUCAAAGCCUCAAACAGGCGCGGGGCGACCAAGGAGAGCGCUACAAAACAGAAUGCGUCAAGAUGACAGACGAUAACUCCGCGCCGGAAGGUCUCCCUUCGUCAUUAACGCGCCGCCACCACCCCGCCUCUCUCCCUCCGAACUCGUCUUUCUCCUCCAUCAACGACAUGCCGCGAACGAGGAAGCUGCGCAUGUUGGUCGCCGCCAAUGGCCAGAGGGAUGUCACCUACGCCCAAGCCAUUGCCGUGCGAUUGCUCAAGGACUCCAACAUCGAGACGCGCGCCCUCGUUGACGAGGUACCGUUGCGCCUCACCCAUGACAUCAUCGUCAUGGAGAACCGCAGCUUGGCGACGCUGGCGAUAGACGCGGAUCAGCGCACACGGGAAGCGAUAGAGGCUGCACGGCAGACGGCGUAUGAGCUGGUCGACUGGGCAGAUUUACUGGUCCUGGCUCCCAUCGACGCCGACCACCUCGCCAAGAUGAUGAGCGGCUUCGCCGACACACUGCUCCUCGAGGUGCUCCGCGCGUGGGACGUGUCCAAAAAGAUACUGCUGGUGCCGGGCAUGUCGAUACAAAUGUGGGAGAACCCUAUUACCAAGAAGCAGCUGAGCAAGAUCAAGCGGAAAUGGAACUGGGUCAAGGUCAUGUCGCCCGUCCUAUGGCACUACGAGGGUCACGCGCCGUCGAAACGCGUAGUCUCCUGGGAUGGUUUUCAUGACCUCGUUGGCAUCAUCAAGAACCAGGCAGAGCUGCUGAGCCUGGGUCACGACGUCGAAGUCGCUGCACAACAUGCGAUGCACACCGCGGACCCGAGCAUAGUGGCUACCGUCCUGCCCCCGGAGAUAUGGACCAUCAUUUUCGAACACGUCGGAGACUGGGAAGUAGCGCAGGCUCUUAACAUUUACACAAACCUCAGAAGACCGCCGGAGUGGAGCAUAGCGCGCACCAGUCUCGUCGAUCCAGUCGAGUUAUACAUGCAUGAUCUAGAGUGGUUGAUUUUGUCUUGUCCCGGAUCUGCAGCCAUUUGCCGGAAGCUAUCCGAGGCACCUAAGGCUUUACGAUACGUCUCGUCCUUGGCCGUGAAGCUCAUUAUCAAAUUCUCGCUUACUGAAGUCUUGACAUAUCUGGAGACCAAUUUGAGCAAGGUCUUCUGGGCAUCGUUCAGCUCCAAGCUCCUUCCCAACAAAUCCUCAGGUGUAUACGGUCGGACGGACGUUCUCGACUGGUGGAACACAUCCCCCUCGUUCUUAAAGAAGGAAUACGAUGCCGAAGCACUCGACGGCGCCUCCCGCAUGGGAUAUGUGCACAUCUUGGACUGGUGGCUCAAGUCUGGCUUGACGCUCAAGUAUACCGAGGCCGCUCUCGAAUCGGCUUCUGCAAAGGGUCAUCUGCUCGUGUUGGAAUGGUGGCGCGACGCUGCGCUCAAAGACGAGACCAUCGUGCUGAAGCCCGGCCGGAGUAUCCUCACUGCCGCCCAACAGCGCCAGACGGCCGUUCUGCGCUGGUGGGAGUCGUCCGGAAUUUCCGUAGCGCACAGCGAGGGCGUGUGCAAGAUCGCUAGUGCCAACGGUUAUACCGACGUUCUGGACGCCUGGCGCGAGCUCAAGGGCGACAAGCUGGCGUUCGACUCGCAGGUCCUGGUUGCACCUACGAGACAAGGGCACGUGGGUGUUCUGGAGUGGUGGAAGCAGUUUGCCCGCGGGGAGCAGAAGGGAGACGGGAGGAAGCAUCGUGUCGAGUACAAGACGUGCGAUAUUGAGGAGGCCCUCGAGGAUGCCAUUGGGGAUCCGCUACCGGUGAGGAGGUGGUGGGCUAGGAAUGGGUUGAACCUCGGUCUAGGCACCAGCGAGUGGAUGAAGACGAAGUGCUUGUAGAUGCCGAGUGUUCUUACUGCCAUGAAUGCAAGUAACUUAUCUCGGUUGGACGGAUCAAUACCAGCGAUCGAUUCAUGAGUGCCAGCAGGAAAUCG